AUGGCUAUCCCUUCUACUUUCGAUGCGGUGAAAGCGCAUCUUGCCAAGGUCCAGGAGGAUCCCUCCACGCCCCUGGAUAUCUCCCUCAUUGCCCGGCUGAAGCUGCAGCUCAUCGAUAGUAUCGAUCCUGCUGUCCCCGCGACGCUCUUAUCGCAGAUAUCGGCUCUUUUGCCUGUCCUCCAAGAGGAUCCCACACCUCUUACCACACUUGCAACCGCCGCCUGUGCCUCUUUUAGCUUCACUGAUAUCCGCUCCGUCGAACCGUCCAUUAACCUCGUCGUUGGCUUCAAGGCCCCUUCAGAACCGAUCAACCUCCUUGCACUUUCACUACUGGCCAAGGCCGGGCAGACAUCUAGCGAUGCUGCAAUAGUCGCUGGAGAUUCGGGGCUGGUCGCCUCUUUGGUUGAAUUAUGGCUUUCAACUUCCUCAACGGCAGUCGCGCAGGCUGCAGUCGAUGCUCUGUGGGCUUUGUUGGAGGUGGACUUGGCCAGCCCUCUCGAACAAGGAGAAUAUGACCAUACAGGCGAUGAUGGACGGGCAGGCCAAGGCCUCAUGUGGAGGAGGGUCUUCACAGAUAAGGAUGUUUAUGGGCUGUUGUUUGGACUAUGCAGUUUGAGUGGCGAUGCGCCGGGAGACUUGUCCAAGCGUGAGAGGACCGUCGCACAAGGCAGGCUGAUGGGGUUCCUGGUGAAGGCUGGCCACUUACGCUGGGAUAUUAUCUCGAAGUCCCAGGUCUCCGAUGUGGAGGCGAAGUAUCAAAGCACCAGUCUUCUUCAUUUCGCAGCAAGCCAGAUGGUUGACCUGAGCGACGUGUUGAUGCACAUGUCUCUUCUAAGCUUCCUCCGUGACUUACUCGAAAUUGAUGCUCCAGGUUUGGUGGCUCGUAGCUCUGUGCAGUCAGCGUCGACCUUUUCUUCCCCUGCACUGGACUUCCUCAUUGCAGAGGAGCUGCACUCCAAAGUGCUGGAAUACUAUCUCGAUGAAUCGAAGCUUGAUCCGGUGGAUCUAAUCUAUCUCUCCGGCCCUGUCAUGGCUUAUGUUUCAAAGUAUGCCGAGUUAUAUCCCAACCACCUUCUCCAAAGCCCCUGGACUCUCCUCGAUGGAAUUAUCGCGCGCAUUACAAGAGCUCUCACCAUUCCUUCCGUACAAUGGGCGCAUGGCGAAGUUCCCACUGGACAUAUGGCUGUCUUGGCCUCACUCCCCCGGGUGCUGCUCAUUGAGGCUGGAAAGCAUGGCUCAAAUCCCAUGUUGGCUAUCCCCACCAGUCCUCCAAAUGGAGAGGCAUUUGGUGUUCUUGGAAAGAUUUGCCAUGGGCCAGCUCGGACUGAGAUGCCCGAUUCAAUGGAUCUCAACACAUCAGGCCAGACCCCAACCGACUGGUAUCAGGAAGCUGCUGCUGCUCGCAUGUUGUACUUCCUAUACCUCAACAACAACCCCGGGUUCUGGACGGACGUUGUUGCCGCUGCCGAUAUUUUGGUAAUGAAAGACGUUGCUUUGUCUGCGAUCGCCGUUAUGCAAGCUAUCGUCAUGGCCAACUGGCAACCGUUGCCCCCGGCAUCACAUGUUACCAACGCAUCCUCCCGAUUUCAACUUCCGUCCGAAGAAGGACUGGCACAACUCUCACCCGCGUCGAGCGGUCUGCUCCCUAUCUCUGGUCCUUGGGCAGUUCUUACUCCCCCGGCUCUGACUACAUUGCUGCCAUAUCUUUUUAAACGGCCGCGAUCCUAUGCAGAGUUUGUGGGUGGCGGUGCUGGAGACUCUCAAAGUGCCGUCUGGAAGGUAGCUACAGCAAAACAUGAGGUUCUCGUUGCAUUGCAUAACCGAUUACGAGAAAUCGGGGGUCAGAUGGAAGGCUUCGAGGAUAUCUUGCGAACCCUGCAGCAACGAGUGAAUGAGGGCCCCCUGGGUCCCGUCCAGUCGGGUGCUGCCCUGGUGGAGACUGCGGAUCUGUGA